GUGUUAAGACACUGAACUCCAGCUGCACGCACAAGACACAAUUAUGGUACACCUAAAAGGCAUCACCCUGAUUCUGCUCUCUAUCUGCAUUAUGCAACACUUCCUGCAGGCUAAUGUUCAGGCGAAGAAAGGAAGAGGAAGGCAAAAGCAGCAUAAGCCAACAAUACCUCCUCGUAAUCAUAAGAAGAGUGGCUCGAAAGACCCAAAUGACGAAGGCACGUUAUUCAAAGGCCGGAUUACGAAUAAAGACGGGACGCAGUGCACGUGGGCAGCCGCAGAAAGCAAGAUUGAAGCUGAUGGUGCAUUUGUCUUGAGUGUCACCUGCAAAAAGGGCACUGAAAAGAGUCUCCACUGCGAGUACACCGCUAAUCCCAGGUUGUGUCCUGAGUACACAUCCAAUGUUGAUGCAUUCUGGAAGCAGAUCGGCCGCUCGCUCAAGAAGCAGAAGAAGUUAUGCCGUGACUCCAAAGCUCUGCUCAAGGCCAGAAUGUGCAGAAAAGCACCUAGGGAUGCACACUUUGCUCUCAAAACCAUGCCAAAGGUCCGUCCGACACCAACGAGGAAGAGCAAGCCAUGCCCAAACCUGACGAAUAGACAAAAAUUGGCUGAGGAGUAUUGCAGCAGCUCCUGGUCUUCAGUCUGUACCUUCUUUUUCGCUAUGGUUGAGACUGAGGAUUGCUGAAAUGAGGCACAGCUAAAAUGCUACAUUUAUCUGUAAACAAUAUGUGGUUGAUAUCAAACCAGAACUUCGAUGUUGUUUAAAUGAGAUUGUCACUGUGUCCAAAACCCUUUUCACUAUAUGGCCAAAAGUAUGUGGACACCCGAGCGUACUUAUAUGUGGUUAAAUAUUGCCACGAAUUUGGAAGCACAAAAUUGUAUAGAAUGUCUUCGUACACUGUUGUAUUAUAAUUUCCCUUCACUGAAACUAAGAGGCUCAAACCUGUUCCAGCAUGACAGUGCUCCCAUGCACAAAGCAAGAUCCAUGAAAAUACGGUUUGCCAAGGUUGGCCUUCGACUGCACCUCACUGACUGCACCCCAGGCCGCCUCACCUGACCUCACUAACGCUCUUCUGGCUGAAUGGACAAUGCAGGAUCCUUCCCCGGUCAUUAGAGGUUAUUAUAACAGUAAAAGACAGACUAAAUCAUGAAUGGGAUGUUCAACCAGUGUAUAUAAAUAUGACUGAUCAGGUGUCCUCAAACUUUCGGCUAUAUAAUGUAUGAAGCACGCUAAUACAUAAUGAAUUUGUGAUGUAAUUCAUGGUACAAAGGAAAUAUUAUAAACUAUAUAAAUCAAUCAAUUUCAUUUCAUGUUUCUGCAAACACAACCUACUCUCUAAACCAUGCAGGGCAUUAAGAAUUUUUGGAUUGACGGUGCAUAUUGUUGUGUAAAGACUUGCUUUCAAGCAUGCUAACACGUGUGACUUCCCAAAGGUAGGGUAAGGUAUAAUCAACUUGGUCUGAUUUUGGACAUAGGGAAAAAAAAUUAACCAUUUGGGUCAUGUAUUAUUAUUAUUUUUAGUAUAAUUAGACAGGCUAGUUAUCUUUUUUUAAAGCAUGCUAGCUAGCUAGUUCCAAAGAAGCCAAAUUAGACUCUGUAUUUAUCUGAAGUUUAUAAAAUAAUGAACCUGUGAAGAUAGUUAGACAGCAAAUAUUUUAACGUUAGUUGAUAAUCUGAAAAAAAAAGUGGAGAGUAAAACGUCAAGGGCUAAAUAGCCCUAGCUUUGUUAUAUCAUGACUCAACUAUACAGACUUAAUUUUGGAGUGUAACUCAUAGGGAAAAGUGUGUCCCCCUUCAGGUGCUUAACUAUUAACUGUGUGUUUGACUCAGUGUGUUAAGAGUAGACAUAAAGCUGAAAUGUAUUCUCCCUACUUAACCGUUUAACCCUGAUCAAGCAAAUAUUGUCAUUUUGAUAUUGCAAUAAUUUUGAUAUGGAUUAAAAAAAAAAACCCAGAUCUUUCAA